UCGGUAAAAUAUGUUUUGUUUGUUUAAUGGAGGUUUUGGGCCACUGGGGUUUGGGAAUUUGGAUUGGAUCUCUUCAAUUGCAAAUAAAUCUAAAAAAGGAGGCUUCUUUCUUCUUUUGCUUUCUUUUUCCUCUCUCAAAAAACACUCUCUUGAAUAUUUUUCUACUAAUUGAUAUCUGAAAUCAUGACCCAACUUGGUUUAAGCCUUGUGUACUUCUGUAAUCCGACCAAAAACAUGUCUUUGUACUUAAACGGCAACGUUUGAGAUCCUUCUCGAGUUCUAGUUUCGUCUUUUCCCAGGAUUCACCAUACCAGCGGCAGUAACAAAAUUUUAUCUCAGCAAUCUCAUUAGCGAUUUAAACCAUGUCUGCUACCGAAUCAGCCACUGCGAUUCAAAGAAACCAAGUUGAUCUCUUGGACUUUAUUGAUUGGUCUGGAGUUGAAUGCCUUAAUCAAAACUCCAAUCACUCUCUGGCCAAUGCUCUUAAGCAGGGUUAUAGAGAAGAUGAAGGCUUGAAUCUAGAGAGUGAUGCAGAUGAACAACUUCUGAUUUAUAUCCCCUUCACUCAAGUCAUUAAACUACAUUCCAUUGUCAUCAGGGGGUCUGAAGAGGAAGGUCCAAAGACAGUGAAGCUUUUUUCAAACAAGGAACACAUGGGAUUCAGUAAUGUCAAUGACUUCCCUCCAAGUGACACUGCUGUCUUAUCCCCAGAUAAUCUAAAGGGAAAACCAGUAGUCUUGAAGUAUGUCAAGUUUCAGAAUGUCCGUAGCUUGACAAUAUUUAUUGAAGACAAUCAGUCCGGUUCUGAAAUCACAAAAGUUCAGAAGAUUGCCUUAUAUGGAUCAACGGUGGAAACAACAGACAUGAAGGGUUUGAAGAAGAUUGAGGAGCAUUGACCCUGAUAGGGAGUCGAAGGAAAAACAAGAAAGAUGGAUGAACCAUAAGCCUCGGGUCACUAUAACAUUGUUUUAUCUUCUCAUUUGGUUUUUCUUCCUUUUUUUUUUUCAAAUUUUGAUAAACUUUACCAUCUUAAAUGCUUUGAUGACCAAAAAUAGAGGAUUCUGUUUUACCUGACUUGUGAAAAAAAUGUUCAAUUUUUGCAACUGCAUCAUCAGAUGUUACAUCCAA